GGCUCAGUUUGAUGAAGUUGCUUCACACGACACGAUUAAUGUUAACGUAAGAGCAAUAAAAAAAAAAAAAAUUCAAGAAAAAAAAAGUAUAAAAGAGAAAAAGUUCUGCGCGUUGAAAUCCAGGUGCGAAAAUUGCAAUACGCGUAACAACAAUUGCGACGCAAUGCAUUAACUAAUUGGCCACGCGUGCAGAUGUCAACACACACACACAUAUGUAUAUAUAACUCUAUAUAAGUGCAUAUAUAUAUAUAUAUAUAUAUACAACGCAGUGCCAAACGCAAUGAAACAGCUCUUAAUUCGACUAUUGCUAACCUAGUUUCACUUCCCCAAAACAACAAAAACAAAGCCCAAAAACUAAAUAAAUCAAACGAGGCAGAAGCGAAACAAAUUUGCAGCAAGAUUUAAAAGACGUUCCCAAAUCCCGAAACUCCAAAAAAAAAAAAACAACAACAACAUAUACUCGCAACCAGAAAAAGAAGAAGCAGCAGCAGCAGAAAAAACAAGCUGCUCAAUAAAAUCCAUUUAAGGCAUCCAAUAAAAUACGAGCAGCAGCAGCAGCAGCAGCAGCAGCAGCAGCGGCGGCGGCGGCAUUAGCGGAGGGAGACUCAUGUUAGAAAAAUGAAAAAGUUCACAUUUAAAGGAGUUCUGGAUGGAUUUCGACAAAGCGUACAGCCGCAAGCCAUACGACAGGAGCAGGAGAUACUCGAGCAAUUGAAGGCCGAUCAUUUUACACUAAAAAAAACCUUUCGCCAUGGCUUUCCAUACUCACCCACAUCCUUUGCCUUCGAUCCAGUACAAAAACUAUUAGCGAUUGGUGAUAAAUCUGGCUAUAUACGCAUCUUGGGCCGACCUGGCGUCGAUGCGCAUGCCAAACACGAGGGCGAAUCCGAGUGCGCUGUGCUCUUUGCCCAAUUUCUGGUCAAUGAGGGUGCCCUGGUCACCGUGACAGCCGACGAUACCAUACAUUUGUGGAGCAUACGCCAAAAGACGCCGCUCAUUGUGCAGAGCCUCAAAUUUCAGCGCGAGCGCGUCACUUGCAUACAUUUGCCCGUCGGCAGCAAAUGGCUGUACGUGGGCACCGAGAAGGGUAACAUACACGUCGUUCACAUAGAUACAUUUGCACUUAGCGGAUAUAUUAUUAACUGGAAUAAAGCAAUUGAAGUGGUUAGAACUAGUCAUCCAGGUGCUGUGAUUGCGUUAUGUGAUAAUCCAUUGGAUGCAAACAAGUUGCUUAUUGCAUUUGAGUGCGGGCUGCUUGUGCUGUGGGAUCUGAAGUUGAAGGGCGCGGAGAUACGAUGGCAGGCAGCCGAGGCGGUUAAAUCCUUGGCCUGGCAUUACGAGGGCAAAUAUUUUGUAUCCUCGCACACGGAUGGCUCGAUAUGCUCCUGGCCGACCAAGCCGCAGCCCAAGCCCCAGUCUCAAGUUUGUCCGCAUGCGAAAAUCAACAAGGAGGGCAACGCGGAAAAAUGUAAACCGAUUUAUAAAGUUGACUUGAAGUCAAGCGCAACUGGCGAAACCUUUACAAUUUUCUCCGGUGGCAUGCCAUCGGAGAAGGGCUCAAAGUCAAACUGCAUCACAGUCAUGGUGGGCAAGACCACAACCGUUUUGGAGAUGGAGCAUGCCGUUUGCGAUUUCAUUACACUCUGCGAGAAUCCCUGGCCCUGCGAAACCCAGGAGCCAUAUGCGAUAGCUGUGCUGCUUCAAUAUGACUUAGUAUUAAUAGACUUAUUAACGCCCGGUUUUCCAUGUUUUGAAUCGCCUUAUCCAAUGGACUUACACGAAUCACCUGUUACAUGUUGCACAUAUUUAACCGAUUGCCCAUCGGAUUUGGUUCCUGCUUUCUAUUCUGUUGGUCGCACAACGACAAGUAAAAAGACGGGCUUCUCGGAACGGGAAUGGCCCAUUUCGGGCGGCGAAUGGUCACCAGCCUCGUGCAGUUACUCGGAAAUUGUCAUCACUGGCCAUCAGGAUGGCAGCCUCAAGUUCUGGGACUCGGGCGCUGGCACACUGCAGAUUUUGUACAAACUGAAGACGGCGAAAAUGUUUGAGAAGCCGCGUCAUGUGAGCCACGCGGACAGCGACAAUCCGCUGGCGGUGCAUUUGAUAUUUCUAUGCUCGGAGUCGCGACGCCUCUGCGUUGCCGGCGCCAUGGGUCAGGUAAUGUUGUUCAAAUUUCGCAAGGUCGAGUCCACAUCGGAGGUGCUGGUGCUGGAGAUACCAAUACUCUAUGAGAACUUUGAUGACAUCUAUGGCACCAGUCCCGAAUGCGAUUUCCUCACCGGACAUCAGGUGCAAAAGACCGAAUCCAGCGAUUCGGAUAAGACGGAGUGCACGCUUAAAGUGCGUUUUGGUGCCCAGCGCAAGCCGCCGGGCUUUCAAUCCCAAUUGGUUUGCCUCACAACGGGGCCGAAUCGUCGCACCGUACAGGUUACCUCGUUGUGCAUCAACUCUAGCUAUGGCCUAAUGGCUUAUGGUACCGAAUAUGGACUUGUCAUAAUUGAUAUAAUCCAAAAAAUUUGCCUAUUGAGUGUUGCAUGUCCCGAUCUGUAUGGCGCACACGAUCCUUAUUCGCGAACACCAAAAAGUCCAAAACGCAUUGAGAGCAAAGAGGAGCAAAGCCGUUCGCCCAGUUCAGAUCAGCUGAACGAUACGACCAGCCCGGACAGUCCGUCGAUUGAGUUCAUACCGGAGGCGAAUGAGGCGACAUUGACGGCGUCGACGUCGGCAUAUGUUACGGCGGCGACGGCGGCGGCAGCGGCAGCGACGCCGGCAGCGGCUGAGGCUGUGCAGGGCGUAUCAAGGCCCACAUCGCCAGUGGGCGUGGCCGAUGUUAUUAACAGCACCAAAGAGUCGCUGAUGGGCAGCGCCAGCGCAGCGACAGCAACAGCGCUGGCAGCGGCCAAAAGCCCGCAGCGUGACGAGGCGGCAGCGACGCUGACGUCGACGUCGACAUCGACAUCGGCGCCAAAAGAGCUGCAAGAUCGCCGCAAAUCCAUGUCAUGGAAAACGUUCAAUUUGAAGCGUCAAUUAUCAAAAGUCAAUAUGAAAAUCGGCAACAGCCUCAAUGUCAAUACCGAGCCGGACUCGAUCCGCAACAGCUCGGCCAUAUUCUAUACGCCCAAGGAGAGCUCGCCGGAGGCAGCGACGGCCGAGGAAAUUGCCGCCGAGGCGCUCGAAUGCCGCGAAGAGGAUGUCGGCCUCGCGACGGCCACAGCAAUGCUCAAUUGUGAUACGGUCGAGAUGCCAGCGACGGCAGCAGCGACGUCGACUGCAACGGCGACGGUGACGGCGACGCAAAAGCGCGUCGAUUUUGAGCAGCCGCCGGAGAGCGGCGAGCGGCCAAACAAUCUGCCGCUCACCGAAACACAGCAGGCACAACUGGGACAGGGACAGCCGCCAUUAAAGCCGACGCGUCAAAAGUUCAAAGAGAAGUCGCGCGAUCAGCGGCUGCUCUCUGUGCCGAAUAUUAAGUAUCAGCCGCGAGAGCAGCGAUCGGGCGCCAUUGGCAUUGCAGCUGGCGUUGGGCGGGCCAAUAAGAACGAUGUGUCGCCUCUCAUGAGCGGCAGUUUAACCAAAAAGAUACAUAAAUUGGAUGGAACCUUCUCGAGAUCCAGAUCGUCAUCAAUGUCCAGCAUUGAUAUGUCUUCCUCUGAAUCUGUUACCUGUUUAGCUUUUAUCGAGAGCUAUGCAAAACGCAAUGAUAUUUUGACGCUUGUUCCUACUUUAUGGAUUGGAACUAGUUUCGGUUCAAUAUUGACAUUGUUUAUCACAAUGCCGGAGCGCGAUGUGCGCAAAUCUCAGCCAGUUUUGGUUACAAUAAACGGCGGACCCGUGGUACGACUCAAAGGCUCCAUUACUUCCAUGUCUUUUUUAGACUCCUACGGCUCGAUCAUACCCUAUACAUUUGAGCCUUGGCGCGACGAGAACAGGGACAAGAAAGAUCGCACGCCCACUAAGAGCAGCAGCCGCACCAGCCCCACAUUUACGCCAACAACUGCCAAUACAAUAUCAAAUGCUUCCGCUGCUGGCAGCGCAGCGGCUGCGGGCAGCUUGGGCGGCAGCGUCGGCAGCGGCGGCGCCGCAGCUGCAGCUGGCAGCGCAGCUGCUAUUGGCAAUGUUGUUGGCGGUGGAGCGCCAUCUGGCGGCGGUGCGCCUGGCAUUGCGCCCGGUGGCAGCGGCAGCGCUGCGCCCAGCGGCAUCGGCGGCGGCGGCGGCGGCGUCGGCAGCGGCGUCGGCAGCAUCAUUGGCGGCGGCGGCGGCAUCAGCAGCAGCAGCGCCAGCAGCAGCGGCAUCAGCGGCAGCGUCAGCACCGGCCUGGAAACACUCACCGAUCGACAAUAUAUCGUAAUCGCUAGCGAAAAGCAAACAAAAGUCUUCGAUGUGGCAAAUCAAUGCUGCAUCAAUCGCAUACAAUUAUCGGAAAUGGAUUUUGCAGUCAAGGCAGAAACUAUCACGAUGAAAGAUGGCACUUGCUUAGCAACCUAUCUUUCGAAUGGCCAUCUAAUGGUACAUAGUCUUCCUAGUCUCAAACUGUUGUUGGAUACUGAUUUCUUACCGCUGAUGGAGUUAAGUUUUCAAACCAAAUGUAAACAGGGAAUUGUGGAUCCAAUGCUAUCGAUAUGGGGUCAACAGAUCAUUGUUCAUGAAGAUACAACUCAAAUAUCAAAAAUAUUUUGCUUUAGUCAUAAAGGUCAUGGAUUGUACAUGGCAUCGCCCACCGAAAUUCAGAAAUUCACGAUAUCAUCGGAAUUUUGUCAAUUUAUUUUGGAGAUGAUGGGUGAGUUAUAUACGGUACACGAGAUGCCCGAACAGCCGAAGGAGGGUUUCUUUAAGGGUCUAUUUGGCGGGGGCGCCAAGCAAUUGGAUCGCGAGGAGUUGUUUGGUGAGCAGAGCGGGAAAGCGAAUCGUUCGGUUGCACGGCAUAUACCCGGCACAAAUUUGGAUCAAAUGGGACAACGUGCCUCGACGGCCGCAUCCGAAAUUAGCCGGGCCCAUCAGCUGGCAAUGGAGCGGGGCGAGAAAUUGAAUAUGUUGGAGGAGCGCGCCGAGCGUAUGUCGAAUACGGCUCAAGAUUUUAGCGGUACAGCGCAUCAAUUAAUGCUUAAAUAUAAAGACAAAAAGUGGUAUCAGUUGUAAAAUAUCUAUUUUAGGAGCCAAUUCUACCACAGUUAUUGUAAUAUUGCUUUUAUAACACUUUCUACUACAUUACGAGUAAAGUACACUUAUUUAAUUUCUG